CCACAUACUGCACGUCCGCCACUCCAGCUACAUGCUCAGGUGACUAACAGGGGCUCUCCCACUGAGGAGGUACCAAACCGGAGGGGCGCGCGGACACGCGAGUGAUGCUUCUUCUUCUGUCUCUGGAUCAGGAGCAGCAUCAGAGGACCCGUUCAACACUGCGAGCACCAUCUGGAUUUUCACAACCUAUAUUCUUCACGCCAGGUUUACCCUAUUCAUUUAUUUAGCACCACCAUGUGGAGUAAUGAAGCAGUGCCUUUAGAAAGUUAAAUUGGGAGUUUUGAGUGACCUGAAGAGAGAGCAUCAUGGGUGGAGCGGCAGUGGAUGAUGGACCCACUGGGGUCAAGGCCCCAGACGGUGGAUGGGGCUGGGCUGUGCUCUUCGGCUGCUUCGUCAUCACUGGAUUCUCCUAUGCUUUUCCAAAAGCUGUUAGUGUCUUUUUUAAAGAGCUGAUCCGAGAGUUCGGUGUGGGCUACAGUGACACCGCCUGGAUCUCCUCCAUCCUGCUGGCAAUGCUUUAUGGCUCGGGGCCCUUGUGCAGCGUUUUAGUAAACCGCUUCGGGUGUCGCCCUGUGAUGAUGGUGGGUGGCCUCUUUGCAUCUCUAGGCAUGAUCUUGGCAUCUUUCGCCACCAACAUUAUUCACAUCUACCUCAGUACCGGAGUAAUAACAGGUUUGGGACUUGCCCUCAACUUCCAGCCUUCACUUAUCAUGCUGAACAGAUACUUCAGUGAGAAGAGGCCCUUAGCCAAUGGCCUCGCAGCUGCUGGAAGUCCAGUAGCACUGUGUUGUUUGUCUCCAUUGGGCCAAGCUCUUCAAUACAAGUAUGGCUGGCGUGGUGGUUUCCUCAUCCUAGGGGGCCUAUUGCUUAACUGCUGUGCAUGUGGUGCCCUCAUGAGGCCCUUGAUAGCUCCGAAGAAGAGCGAGGAGGACCAGGAAGCAGCAAAGUCUGUAGAAGAGAAGCCCAAACCCAAAAAGUUGUUGGACUUCAGUGUUUUUAAAGAUAGAGGCUUUUUAAUCUACACUGUGGCAGCUGCCAUCAUGGUGCUGGGUCUGUUUGUGCCACCAGUAUUUGUGGUAAGCUAUGCCAAAGAGCUGGGCAAUGAGGACACUAAGUCUGCUCUUCUGCUGACCAUCCUUGGCUUUAUUGAUAUCUUCGCCAGGCCCACAUGUGGUAUUAUUGCAGGACUGAAGUGGGUACGCCCACGCUGUGUAUACUUCUUCAGUUUCGCUAUGAUCUUCAAUGGCGUUACUGAUAUUAUUGGCUCCAUGUCAAAGGACUAUGGAUCACUAGUGGUCUACUGUAUUUUCUUUGGCAUCUCCUAUGGUAUGGUAGGAGCCUUGCAGUUUGAGGUACUAAUGGCCAUUGUAGGAACAGAGAAGUUCUCAAGUGCAAUUGGACUGGUACUGCUGGUGGAAGCUGUCGCAGUGUUAGUGGGACCACCCGGUGCAGGACGGCUCCUAGAUGCCACCAAGGUCUACAUGUAUGUCUUUCUGCUGGCCGGCUGUGAGGUGGUCCUCUCAGCUCUGGUACUUUGCAUCUGCAACCUUCUUUUCAUCAAAAAGAAGCCUCAGGAACCUGAUUCUUCUGCCAAGAUGGAGAUGGCUGUAAUGGAAACUGAGAUGGAGCAGCUCAACAAAGCUCAUCAGGAUGAAAAUGAGACUGGAGGUAGCAAGGGAGAGGCUCAGUCUGACAAGGUGCAGGAAAUGCAACAAAGCAACCAAGCAGAAACAAGUGAAAAGUUAGAAGAGGGGCCACAGAAACCACCAACAACGGAAACAGAGACCAAUAAGGAUGAAGAGGGCAUUACAGCGGACUCAGUAGACCCUGAGAAGGUUUCUAAAGAAUUGACCAAAACAAAUGGCUGUGUAGUUGAACCCGAAUCUUCCCUGUAACAACAUGAUGACCACAAAAACUGACUUUGCCAGAGCGUUUUCAGGAAGGACUGAAGAAAGAACGUGAUUAAAGCAAGAUACUGCAGUUUUGUGUGUGCUUUUGAUGUUGUGAGCUUUGCUGUAUUGUUCUGAAACGGUCACAUGCAAAAAGGAAAACGCAGUGACAUGCAAAUGAACAAAAAGACAAAUGCAUUUAGUCUACACCAUAGCUCACUCCUUCCUUCCACAGCCUUGUGUGGUAUCAAUACUUUUAUAGAAUCAAUUCUACCACCUCAAAUCCAAAAAUGUUGGAAUAAUAUAAGAAACGCAAAAAACAAUGCAUUGUUUCUUAUAUUUUUACAAUAUAUUUCUUAUAUUGUAAAACAACAGUUUUUUUCUGGUCAGUUUCAUUUUAUUCAUCAAUAUACAUCCAUUCCUGUAUUUCAGGCAUUGAAAAAAAUGCGAUGGAAAAACAUUUACCACAUUUUAAUGCUGCCAUUCUCUUAAAAGAGAGGAACAAAUAAUUAAAGCAAUAAAGUGUUAUCUUGUCUAGAGAUGGACCGAUCAUUGUUUUUGGGGAUGAUUUUUUAUCGUCUUUCAGGUCAAUCAGCCGAUUGCUGUCAUUGAUUUUGGGCGGUGGCCCAAUGCCACAUAGAGGCCACCUUUUAAUUUUUUUAUUAAUAGACCAAUACUGCAGAAAUGGGUCUCCCAACACCGGCCGCCUCACUGCCCGUUUUCUAGAGUCAUAUUUCUGCUUAAAAUAGAUAUAUUUUAAACUAAAUAUAGGGUAAGUUGUUAUUUUAAAAAUAACAACAAUAAUCUAACACUUCGACUCAUUUCCAUGGUCUGAACAGGUGAUUUGUCUGACCAUGAUACACGUUCCCACUGUGUGAUAGUCCAUCCCAGACGCCUCCGAUCCCAGAGAAGCUGCUGUCUGGAACGCCUUAAUAUUAACCCAAAAUUGUCUCUCUUACAACUUUUGUUUGGAGUGUGGAGCAGGCCAGAAUUGCAAGAAUGGAUGUUUGUUAACAAAUUAAAUAAAUUUGACCAGAAAAAAACAUAAGAAAUCUUGGAUUAAUACUGUCUGGAAUGAAAUAAAGAUAAAAAGGAAUUGUACACUAUUUUAUCGGCAAUUUUCUAUACUUAAUUUUCCCAACUUUGUGGGAUUUGGGGUUGUAAAUAAAUUAAUUACAGUCUAUCGAACAAAAGAAACAGUAUAAAUUAAAGAUUAAGUACAAGGAAUGUUUAAAACUGUAUGUAUUUACAGGCCAAAAACAGAAAAAAGUUUAAGUGGCAAGUGUGCAUUUUAAAUCCACUAGGCUGAGACCACCCUUUAAGAACCUUUAUCAAAACUGGUUUAGUCAUUUAACAAUAAUAUAUGGCAAAUUCAAUCAGAAUACUUCCUGUGUGCCGGGCUAGCAUUGUUAGCCACACCACUUAACAACAACCCAUUACGCGAAAUUUUGGAUAUUCCCUGAUAGAUGUUGGACAGCACUGUGGGUUGGACUCAACAUUUAUUAAGACUUAAGUAGAUCAUACUUUACUACUGAUAAUGUGUGGUGUAGCCAUCUUGCAUUCUGAACUUUCCAGGCUUUCUGAGUAGGAAAUCAGACCUGUAGGAUCUUUCCAUUUGAAAACUCCCUACUUGGAACUAGUUAAUGAGUUCAUUAGGAACACAGAAUUAGUCCACCGCACCCUGUUACUUGAAAUUCAUUUAACAAUUUAUUGAUUUAUAGAGGUUUUGCAAUGGCUAUCAAUGUAAUUCUCUCUACUGUGACAUUUGAACAUGCUGUUCGGUUCAUUCUAUCUAAGAAAGUGCGGAGACAUGUCUCAAGAGCUACAAAUCAGCCAAGAACUUAUUUGAACAAGCCUCAUUAUUCAUGUAUGAAGAGAGGAGAAGAACAGCAUGUCCAAAUGUCACAGCAGUUGAAAUGAAAUGGGUUGGAGUCACAAGAACUGAAACAGUAAUAGUAAGAGAAAGACAUCCAGAGGCUAAUCUUUCCACUGCCUCAGCUACAAGUGUGCACUGCAUGUUCUUAUGCCUUUGGAAGAGCUUUAAUUACGAUCAUGUGCUCAAGAUGGCUAUUGAAUCAUUUUAUCUUGACAGAUACAUUCUGUUCCAUAGGCCAACCUGAGAUUUUUUAUCGUCUUUCAGGUCAAUCAGCCGAUUGCUGUCAUUGAUUUUGGGCGGUGGCCCAAUGCCACAUAGAGGCCACCUUUUAAUUUUUUUAUUAAUAGACCAAUACUGCAGAAAUGGGUCUCCCAACACCGGCCGCCUCACUGCCCGUUUUCUAGAGUCAUAUUUCUGCUUAAAAUAGAUAUAUUUUAAACUAAAUAUAGGGUAAGUUGUUAUUUUAAAAAUAACAACAAUAAUCUAACACUUCGACUCAUUUCCAUGGUCUGAACAGGUGAUUUGUCUGACCAUGAUACACGUUCCCACUGUGUGAUAGUCCAUCCCAGACGCCUCCGAUCCCAGAGAAGCUGCUGUCUGGAACGCCUUAAUAUUAACCCAAAAUUGUCUCUCUUACAACUUUUGUUUGGAGUGUGGAGCAGGCCAGAAUUGCAAGAAUGGAUGUUUGUUAACAAAUUAAAUAAAUUUGACCAGAAAAAAACAUAAGAAAUCUUGGAUUAAUACUGUCUGGAAUGAAAUAAAGAUAAAAAGGAAUUGUACACUAUUUUAUCGGCAAUUUUCUAUACUUAAUUUUCCCAACUUUGUGGGAUUUGGGGUUGUAAAUAAAUUAAUUACAGUCUAUCGAACAAAAGAAACAGUAUAAAUUAAAGAUUAAGUACAAGGAAUGUUUAAAACUGUAUGUAUUUACAGGCCAAAAACAGAAAAAAGUUUAAGUGGCAAGUGUGCAUUUUAAAUCCACUAGGCUGAGCCCACCCUUUAAGAACUUAGUAUGUAAAGAAGGGAUAAGGUGCUAUUUAAAGAGACUACAUGGAUUACUACGUGUGCAGGGGAAAGAUUAAAACGGAUUAAAGUCUAGCACCUCGUUUUAGAUUUGAAACCACAACUUUGGCCAGUAAUCAUUCAUGGGCCAUCAGCGCUAUUGUAUUUAUUACAUGUUGAAUUGUCUGUGGCACACAGUGUUGCUUGUGUACUGUACAGUAUAACGUGUGUCAGUUAGGUAUACUGUAAAGAACUGUCUGUGGCUAAGCUGUCCUUGAGUGAGCAUGAGAACACAUAAUAUGUCCAUUGUUAUUGUGUUUUAAAUGUAGGUGUAUGUCCUGUUUGUCUCAGUUAAUCCAGAUUUGUGUAACAGGUACUCUGUCUGGGGUAGAUGAGAGUGAAGCACAGAUAGUACUGUUUUUUUUUUUUUUUUUUUUGAGAGAUAAGUAUGAUUUUAAACAUGGGAUCAUAUUCACACAGAUGAAUGUAUACCUUAUAGCAAUGUUUCCAAGAGCAAACCUUGGAGUAUUGGGGUGUUUAAUGUGUUCACCCCUCUCAACACACAUGAUUUAACUCAUUAGUUGUCCAGCAAUUUAUGAGCUAAAUCAGGUGUGUUACUACAGAAAAAAACGAACCAGGGUUUUGAGGGCCGGGAACAUGAAACACUGGUCAUACCUCUACACCUCUAGAGCAUAGAGAGCUUACGGUAUUUUUGUGAUGUAUUAGCUACAGAUAGCUGUUUAAAAAAAAGUCACCUUUGGUACUGGUACCAGCAUUUUUAUUGAUGUGUGAUUGACUGUGUGGAUGUGAUAAACUGUUAGUUUUAUUUUAUUGCACAUUACUUAUUUCAUUUUUUUUCUGUACCAACUUAAAUAACUUUGGGACAUCAGUUAUGGCAGCUGUGUAGUUAUCUUCUUCAAAGUGUAGUAUUUAAACAUGACAUGAUUUGUAGUUAAUUUUGUUGUUAGUUGAAGAUGUCAUCCGUUAUACACUAUAUAUCUAUUUGUUUGUGGACAACAAAUUCUUAUGAAUGCAUUCAGCUACUUUAAGCUGCACACAUUGCUGACACAGAGGUGCAAAUGCACUCAUACACAACUUGUCUAGACCAUGUAGAGAAGUACUGCCAAUAGAUUUUAACUUUCAGAUAACUUGAAUCUGCUGGCGCUAUGCCUAAUGCCCACCACCCUUCUGUUCUCUGGAGUAGUGGUGCUUUAACCAGUACUAAGGUGAGGGUGGGGACAAUCCAAUUUCCUGACCUCACUAAUGCUUGUGUCACUGAAUGCAAUCAAAUCCUCACAGCAGUGUUCCAAAAUCUAGUGGAAUGCCUUUUCUGAGCAGUACAGACAGCUACAAACAAAAACCAGCAAAAGGCAGAUAAUAAGAUAAGAUUUCAGAAGAAACAAUAAGGGUGUCCCAAAACGUUUGUUCUUAUAGUGCAUUUGUCACUCUUCAAGACAACUCUGCACUAAAGGUAUGUUAAAUACUUGGUAUUUUUCAGAGUUUUUUUGUAUCAGCCAAGAGACAUUUCACUGGUCACCAGUAUGUUUGGUGUGACUUUUAUUUGCUAACCAGCAGAGUGUACAUGGUGUUCUUUGUGUAUGCUUUAAAAAAUGCGAUUGGCUGUGCCUUACACCUGGAUUAUUUUACACAAAACCUAUAGAUUGGAGUUUAUUUUAGAAAUAAAUAUACUUCUGCA